AUGAUUGCGAGCAUGCUGGUGGUCAUUAUCAGCUUCAUUGUCCUUCUUUCGGUCUUUGCCUCCUUCGUCCCUCAUAUACAUCACGCCUGGCUGGACAAGGGCUCUAGAAGCAUUUCAUUGCGCUACCUACUGUCCAAUGUCAUUUGUUCCACGGAGCAUCUACUAUUUGUCUUCUUUUACACGAUCAAUCUCCCGGUCGAGACCGGGUACUGGACGCACCAUCCGCGGAACGCACUUGACUGGGUCAACUUCGUGCAGGUGGUGGGCGUAUGGACCUUGUGGAAUCUCUUACUGGGGCUCAACCUCUACCACAACCCCACCAGUCGCCUUCGCAAGGCCUCAACAGUUGUCACUUAUCUCGGCUUUCUCAUGGUAUCCAUAGCCCCAGUCAUCGCAGACGCAGUGUCGGACAUCUUCUGUCCUCCACACCAUCCGAGCUGCCCGGAGCAGGAGCGAGACCCUAUCGCUCUCUUCCAGGGCCUGCAUGCCGUCGUUCUCCUGCCCUUUCUCACGACGAUCCCACUGGUCGUAGGAAUCAUCAAGCAAGCCCGCAUGCUGUUGCAAACUCAAAGUCUGCCUGGGCUUAAGCUGCAGACCGCGGCGUUCCUGCUCUCCGCCCUGUCCUGGGUCCCUAGAGUCUCUGUUCCAUGGGAUCUCUACCUUGAUGGCGGACACCCGGUCAUUCUGGUUAUCAAUGCAUGGUACCACAUGGUUGGUCCAAACACGCCCAAAUUAUCCAUAGAGAUUGAGCCCACCAGUCCACAGAUGGCACUAGAUAACCCGAGCGGGUUCAUCGUCACUAUCCGCCGGGCAGUAGAUGACUGCGACAAGCCUUGCAUUUUCCGCUGGAACUUCCUGCAGGACGGAUGGGGCCCGUCCGGCUUCAUGCUUUUUCAGCGAACGCCAGACGGUCUGAAAAGGGUGGAGGGGGCGCCCAAGCCAUCACCCCCCCAGACGUACAAGCUCACCGGAUAUGAAGUCGAGACAGAAGAGCUUCUUCCGGGCCAAACGCUCCGGAGAAAUAUAGGUCACCCGUAUCCCUUCUGGGACCACAUGGUCGCUGGUGAGCGAUACGAGCUCUUCUGGCCGGGGGCGCAAUAUGCCUUGUGGGCUUGGGGCACCUUACGCGAGCAUUGGGGUCAAGAGAUUGGGGCUUCCUCGGGGCUACCACCUGUUAUCAUCCCGGGGGGGCCAUGCUGUUCGUUUACCUGCGUCGAGGUGGAAGAACGGUUGGAAUCUAAUGAGCCCGACGACCCUCCGGUGGAGAAAGAGGAACGAAUCCCUGGCACCCCUUGCAUCAGUGUGAUCCUGGAAGGCCCGUCGACGAUUUCCCGACGGGAAAAGAUCUGUCUCACAGUGAAGAUCACGCACGAGGGUCUAACGAAUGGCGAGCACGAGGCAAGUAGCUGCGCUGCUACAAAGCCGAUCAUCAUACACAGCUACCCGUUCUCUGGCGAUAACUUCCGACUGCAACGCCGCUGCCAGGGACAGUGGAAGACUUAUUUCGACGACGAGCGGAAUCCGGGCUGGAUGAUUGUCGAUGAACCGGACGUCGAGGUCCACGUCGCGGACUCGCCGUUCUUCUGCUGCCUCGAGCCCGGGGAAACCCUGGUUAAACACCGUUCGCUUGGUUAUCUGGACUUGCAUCCCGAGGCGGUGAUCGGGGACACAUAUCGGUACCGGUACUGGGGGGGCUGCGUGGACUGGUGGGUUUGGGGCGAUCGCGAAGAGCAUGCGGGGACUGUGGUGAAAUUGCCAUGCUGGCUGAAUGAUCAUGUCGUUGACCCUGUUGAUAAUGAUGGGAGGCCGGUUAUCGUGGUCCCGUCGUCUAAUUCGGUCGAGUUUACUGUUGUUGAUUGA